AUGGAAUUUGCUUCACGUUUACCGAUGAAUCAUUCUUUUCGUAAAAUUAAUAUGGCGACCAGUAAUAUGCGUAUUCUUUCAAUUGAUGUUGAAUAUGUAGCAACAAGUUAUACACGUGAAGAUAGAUCUCCAUGUAGUGUAGCUGUUAUCGAUGAUAAAUGUUUAAGAAUUAAAGAUCUUGAAGAAGCACCAUCACUCGAAGAAGCUUUACAAAAACUUCAUUCAUUAUUUGAUUCAAUAAUAAUUAUUGUUGCUCAACGUCCAAAACAUGAUAUUAAAUGGUUAAAACUCGAGAAAGGUGUACAUUAUUCAGUAAUUAUUGAUCUUAUUUUUUUGUUUUCAUUUAACUUUUCUUCAUUGGUACAUGAAGCUUGGACGUUAUUAAAUAUUGAUCUUAAUGCUAAAAGUGGUCAUUUAGCUAUAGAAGAUGCCAAAGCAACAAUGCAGCUGUAUAUGAAAUAUAAAGAUAAUAAAAAUGGUAAACAAGAUGCACGUCAUCGUUUACUGAAUACUCGACCUCGUAUGACACCAGCAAAAGCUUGUAAUUACAAUUAUGAAGGUGCUUGGCUAGCUGGAUUCUUUAAACAAACAUGUACUCGUAAUUGA